AUGGCUCAUGCUGCAUCCCACAUCAAGAAAAACCGGGAAUUGGAAGCUGCGACCGAGGAUGAAAAAGUCGUCAAAAAACACCGGAAACGUUCGCGGGAUCGAAAGAGAAAGACUGACACCAAUGCAAGCUAUCUACGAGCCGCUCGAGCGGGCAAUUUGGAGAAGGCCCUUGACUAUAUCAAAGCUGGAGUUGACAUAAACAUCUGCAAUCAGAAUGGCUUGAAUGCUCUUCACCUUGCUUCGAAGGAGGGUCACAUCGGGGUUGUUUCUGAACUGAUCCAGCUCGGUGCGAAUGUGGACGCAGCGACCAAGAAAGGAAAUACCGCUCUCCAUAUUGCAUCCUUAGCUGGACAAGCGGAAGUUGUACAUGUCCUUGUAACAAAUGGAGCGAACAUUAAUGCCCAGUCACAGAAUGGCUUCACACCUCUAUACAUGGCCGCACAGGAGAAUCAUCUGGAAGUUGUUAAGUUUCUUCUAGACAAUGGUGCAAGUCAGAGCAUUGCGACAGAGGAUGGCUUCACGCCGUUGGCUGUGGCACUGCAGCAGGGUCACGACCAGGUGGUCUCACUGCUGCUGGAGAACGACACGAAGGGCAAGGUGCGCCUGCCAGCCCUGCACAUUGCUGCCCGCAAGGACGACACCAAAGCUGCUGCACUGCUCCUACAGAAUGACCACAACGCAGACGUGGAGUCCAAGGUGAUGGUGAAUAGGACCACUGAGAGUGGUUUCACCCCGCUCCAUAUAGCUGCUCAUUAUGGAAAUAUCAACAUAGCAACCCUGCUACUGAAUCGAGGUGCUGCUGUAGAUUUCACAGCGAGGAAUGAUAUCACUCCAUUACAUGUGGCCUCGAAAAGAGGAAAUGCCAACAUGGUCAAGCUGCUUUUGGACCGAGGAUCCCAAAUUGAAGCCAAGACGAGGGAUGGUCUGACCCCUCUCCACUGUGCAGCAAGGAGCGGCCAUGAGCAGGUGGUGGAAAUGUUGCUCGAUCGUGGAGCACCAAUUCUUUCCAAGACAAAGAAUGGGUUGUCCCCUCUCCACAUGGCCACGCAAGGAGACCACCUGCAUUCUGUGAAGCUUCUCCUCCUCCACGACGUGCCCGUUGACGAUGUGACAAACGACUACCUGACAGCACUGCACGUUGCCGCACACUGUGGCCAUUACAAGGUAGCCAAGGUCCUGCUCGAGAAGAAAGCCAACCCCAACGCCAAAGCACUGAAUGGUUUCACCCCGCUUCAUAUCGCAUGCAAGAAAAACAGGAUUAAAGUAAUGGAUCUGUUGUUGAAGUAUGGAGCAUCAAUACAGGCAGUCACUGAGUCGGGCCUCACACCUAUUCAUGUUGCUGCGUUCAUGGGACAUACAAAUAUUGUGACACAAUUAAUGCAACGUGGAGCAUCACCAAAUACAACAAAUGUGAGAGGGGAAACAGCCCUACAUAUGGCUGCCAGGGCAGGCCAAGCAGACGUGGUCCGUCAUCUCGUUCAGAACGGGGCUCAGGUGGAGGCCAAAGCGAAGAAUGGCUACACGCCCCUGCACAUAGCUGCCAAGAAGAAUCAGAUGGACAUUGCAACGACCCUGCUGGAGUAUGGCGCUGACACCAACACUGUGACCAAGCAAGGCAUUACGCCCGUGCACCUAGCUGCUCAGGAGGGCCAUGUGGACAUGGUCUCCUUGCUCCUGACCCGCAACGCAGAUGUGAACCUGGGAAACAAGAGUGGUCUGACACCGCUUCAUUUGGCUGCUCAAGAGGAUCGGGUGAAUGUAGCGGAAGUGCUGGUUAAUCAGGGAGCUGCUAUCGACCCACAAACCAAGAUGGGUUAUAUUCCACUGCAUGUAGCGUGUCACUAUGGGAACGUGAAGAUGGUUAACUUUCUGUUGCAGCAUAAUGCCAAAGUCAAUGCCAAGACAAAGAAUGGGUACACCCCCUUACACCAGGCGGCUCAGCAGGGACACACCCACAUCAUUAACAUCCUCCUGCAACAUGGCGCCUCUCCAGAUGAAGUCACCAUGAAUGGGAAUACUGCUUUAGCCAUUGCUAAGAGGCUUGGUUAUAUCUCUGUGGUUGAUACGCUGAAGGUGGUAACUGAGGAAACUUUGACAACUACAAUGUCUGUUACAGAAAAGCAUAAGCUAAAUGUUCCUGAAACUAUGAACGAAGUUCUGGAUGUAUCUGAUGAUGAAGUUCAUAAAGCCAGUGUUCCUGAAUUUGUCAGUGAAGCUGAGUCUUUGUCAGAUACUUAAGAAGGUGAUGAUGCAAUGACUGGCGAUACAGAUAAGUACCUCGGCCCACAGGAUCUGAAAGAAUUGGGAGAUGAUUCGUUGCCUGUGGAAGGAAACAUGAGUUAUAUGGGUUUUAGCUUGGGAGCUCGCUCAGCAAGUCCUAAAAUCAGCCUUCGCUCCUUCAGUUCGGAUAGGUCAUACUCGCUGAACCGGAGUCCAUACACACGGGAUAGCAUCAUGAUUGAAGAGAUGACAAAGGAGGUGCAGGGUUUUCAACCAGAACUUGCACCUUCCAUGGAGGGACCAGUAGUGAGCAACUCACUGAAGCACCUGGCAGUUUCCAGAGAGUACGACAGCGACUCUUUGAAAAGGUUCAGCUGGACGGCAGAUACAUUGGACAACAUCAACCUGGUCUCCAGCCCCAUUCAUUCAGGUUUCCUCGUCAGUUUCAUGGUGGAUGCCCGGGGUGGAUCCAUGCGAGGCAGCCGUCACAAUGGGAUGCGCAUCAUCAUCCCACCCCGCAAGUGUACCGCACCCACGCGCAUAACAUGCCGCCUGGUGAAGAGGCACAAACUGGCCAGCCCACCCCCAAUGGUGGAGGGCGAAGGACUGGCCAGCCGGCUGGUUGAAGUUGGACCAUCGGGUGCCCAGUUUUUGGGCCCAGUGAUUGUGGAAAUCCCACAUUUUGGGUCAAUGCGAGACAAAGAAAGGGAGCUUAUCGUGCUUCGAAGUGAAAAUGGAGAAGUCUGGAAGGAACACCAAUAUGACUGUAAAGAACAGGAGCUCAAUGAGAUAUUGAAUGGCAUGGAUGAAGAGCUCGACAGCCUUGAAGAGCUGGAGAAGAAACGCAUCUGUCGGAUCAUCACCAAGGAUUUUCCGCAGUAUUUUGCCGUGGUGUCGCGGAUCAAACAAGAAAGUAAUCAGAUGGGACCUGAAGGAGGAAUGUUGAGCAGCACAAACAUUCCUCUUGUGCAAGCAUCCUUCCCAGAGGGUGCUCUCACCAAGAGGAUCCGAGUGGGUCUCCAGGCCCAGCCAAUUCCAGACGAACUCGUCAAAAAGAUCCUUGGGAACCGAGCCACGUUUAGUCCGAUAGUGACUGUGGAACCCAGAAGAAGAAAAUUCCACAAACCCAUUACUAUGACGAUCCCGGUGCCACCUACAUCAGGAGGAGAUGUUUCAAAUGGAUACAGAGGGGAAACACCAAGUCUCAGACUGCUGUGCAGUAUAACAGGAGGUACAUCACCUGCUCAGUGGGAAGAGAUCACAGGAACAACACCAUUAACCUUUGUGAACGAUGCUGUCUCUUUCACAACAAACGUUUCAGCCAGGUUUUGGCUGGUUGAUUGUCGUCAGGUGCCAGAGACUGUUAGCUUAGCGACACAGCUCUACAGGGAGUUAAUCUGUGUCCCGUACAUGGCCAAAUUUGUUGUGUUUGCCAAAAUGCACGACCCCGUGGAGGCCCACCUGCGCUGCUUCUGCAUGACCGACGACAAAGUCGACAAGACGCUGGAGCAGCAGGAAAACUUCACCGAAGUGGCUCGGAGCAAAGACAUCGAGGUUCUGGAAGGUAAACCCAUCUUUGUGGAUUGCUAUGGAAACCUGGUCCCCCUCGCCAAAGCAGGCCAGCAGCUGGUGUUCAACUUCUAUGCCUUCAAAGAAAAUCGGUUGCCCUUUGGUGUGAAGGUCCGAGACAACAGCCAGGAGCCUUGCGGUCGCCUGUCAUUCCUCAAGGAACCGAAGACAUCCAAAGGAUUACCACAGGCAGCAAUCUGUAAUCUGAACAUAACCCUGCCGGCCCACAAAAAAGAAACCGAAUCUGAUCCAGAUGAAGAGGCCGAGAGAGCUUCGGAACGUCGUCAGUCUUUUGCGUCCAUGGCGUUGCGCAAGCGUUAUAGCUAUCUUGCGGAACCUGGAAUGAAACUCAUUGAACGGAGUACAGGAACCACCAGGUCUCUCCCCGCACCCUAUUCCUACAAGCCAGUCUUUUCCGCGAGACCUUUCCAGUCCUGGGCAGCCGCCCCUGUUUCUGUAGCCGGAGUGGUGAAAUCAGGGAUUGCAUCUCUGUCGAACUCGACGUCCAACACGCCGACGGCAUCCCCGUUAAAGUCAGUCUGGUCUGUCUCUUCUUCUUCACCCAUCAAAUCAACCCUGGGAGCUUCCGCUACCUCCUCAGUGAGAUCUGUGAGCGAUUUAGCGUCUCCGAUUAGAUCAUUCAAGUCGACGCCCUCACCUAUCAAAACCGUAGUGACGCAGACUCAGUAUUCUGUGAAAUCCUCCUCCGCGUUGAACUCUUCGCCCGUGAAAGCGUUGGUAGCGCCGGAAUCUCCGUCCGGGAAGGGGAUAGCCGCUUCCUUGUUUUCCUCGCGGCUGUCACCCGCAACGACGGCGGGUUUGCUGUUGGAGAGAUCCUCCAUAACCAUGACCCCGCCGGCUUCACCCAAGGCUGCUUUCAACGCGUACGCAUCCCCGUCGCCCUUCAAGACCACCGCCGCGCCCACCGUACUGCCCUCAUCUGUGAAAUCGCUGUCCAGCUCGGGCUCCUCCCCUGUUAAGUCGGUCACUGACGCUGCGUUCUCGCCUUUCAAGCCGGCCACGCCGCCCAACGGCCAGGCAGUCGCCAAGGGGGCGGUGUCGCCGGUCAAGUAUCCCCCGGCAACAGCUUUCUUCUGUGGCCAGGGGGCUGGCGCCACGCCUGAGAAAGCGCCGGGCGCUGCCCUGUCUGCCAAAUCCGUUGCCAUUGCCCAGGACGUGGUGGAGAAAGCCCAGCAAGCCGCCGCGACCGCCGUCGCCUUCUCCCCCCUUAAAUCCCUGGUGCCCGCCACGGCUUCGGCCUUUCAGGCGAUCCGCUUGCCACCCGCGGGGUCCUUGUACUCCACCCUGAGGUCUUCGUCUGUGACCACCACGUCUGUGACAUCAUCGACCAUGACCGUACCGGUGUACUCUGUGGUGAACGUCCUGUCAGAGCCGCAACUGAAAAGACUCCCGGACGCCGGCCCCUUGACCAAGUCGGCUGCCGCGUUGCUACCGCCGGUAAAAUCGUUGACGACAGAAUCACACGCGCAGCCCCAGCCUCCGUUUACCUGCACUUUGUCCCCGCUGAAAUCCUCCUUGUCUCUAGCCCCUUCGGCCCUGAAACUGGCGUCCGCCUCCACGCUAUCCUCGAGUCAGGAAAUUCUGAAAGACGUCGCCGAGAUGAAGGAAGACCUGAUGAAGAUGACGGCCAUCUUGCAGACAGACGCUUCAAGCGACAAGGCCUUCCCGGAGGUGUCCGCCAAAGUAGGGAGGAGCGAAGAUGAGAGCGAGGAGCCAUUUAAGCUGGUGAAAAAGGUGAAGGAAGACUUGGAGAAAGUCAGCGAGAUCCUGCAGAAGGAUGGCCUGAGCGAAACCAAGCAUGGCACCGAGGGAGCUCAGACGAAUGGCGAUCUCUCGGGGGAGGGAGAAUGGGUCACAUUCGAUUAUGAUAAUGCCGAGGAAGCAAAGGAAAGGGCCAGUGAGGAACUGAGCACCUACGUGCACAUGAAAGCCAAGAGUGGAGGUGAGAAGGACUUCAGUUUGGCGAGAGUCGUCGACUAUUUGGCAAACGAUCUUGGGAUUGAUACUUUCAGCAAGGUGGCCGACAAAUAUCGCCAAACUGACACCAAAAAGGAAGGCGAAGAAAAGAUGUUCUCCAGAAGGGCUCAGAAGCCAGCAAUGCCCUUGCCGGAGCAUAAACUCAAAAUGCCUCCAUCUCCCAUGCGCUCCUCUGCUUCCGAGAAGGAGCUGAGUAAACUGGCGGAUGCAAUGAUGGUGACUGAAGUCAUCCUCGAGUCACCAGAUGACUUUUCCCAGCACGAUCAAGAUAAGAGCCCGCUGUCGGACAGCGGGUUUGAGACCAGGAGCGAAAAGACCCCCUCCGCCCCUCAGAGUGCAGAGAGCACCGGGCCCAAACCCCUGUUCCACGACGUUCCCAUCCCUCCGGUUAUCACGGAGACACGGACGGAAGUGGUGCGUGUCAUCAGGAGCUAUGAGCCUGAUGAGACGCAGGAGCCCAAAAUGGAUGGGCUGCCUCCAUCGCAAAGUCCAGAGAUGUUCCCAAAGAUGGAAGAGAAGCCGAUUGGCUCGAUCAAGGACAAGGUGAAGGCCUUCCAAACUAAAAUGCAGCUGGAGGACGAGGACAGUAAAGGCUUGAGGGCCAAGGAGGUCCGUGUGAAAGAAGAGACCCAUAUUACGACAACCACGAGGAUGGUUUAUCACUCGCCACCCAGCCCCGAAAGCAAAGCCAGUGAAAGGAUAGAAGAAACCAUGUCUGUUCGCGAUAUCAUGAAGGCUUUUCAGUCAGGCCGUGAUCCUUCCAAAGAACUGGCCGGCCUGUUCGAGCACAAGUCAGCGGUUCCUUCAGAAAGCGGCAAACCUGGAGAGGCGGCCAUGACGUUUCUUGAGAAGGAAUCCAGUUUGAAGCCGAAAGUGGAAAGGAUCAUUGAGUUGCACAUUGAGAAAGGGAACAAGGUGGAUCCAACAGAGGUCAUUGUGAGGGAGACAAAAACACACCCGGAGAGGGAGCUGUUUGUUUACCAGAAAGACGGCGAGGCGAGAGAGGCCAGGUUUGAGACCUGUCAGGACGAGCAGGGACAGCAAGAGGAAGAGGAGCUGACCGCCGAAGAAUCACUUCCCUCCUACAUGGAAUCCUCGCGGGUCAACACGCCCAUCUCCCAGGACGACGACAGCCGGCCCAGCUCAGCGCAGCUCGUCUCCGAUGACUCGUACAAAACCCUGAAGUUGCUCACGCAGCACUCCGUCGAGUACCAUGACGACGAGUACUCAGAGCUGAGGGGGGAGUCCUACAGGUUUGCGGAGAAGAUGCUUCUCUCCGAGAAGAUGGAUGUUUCGCACUCUGACGCCGAGGAGUCGGCCUCCGAGCAACCCCAGCUCCUCGGCGCCGAGGCCCAGCCAAUUGGCCGCCACGGGCGGAAGGGCGAUCCGGCGCUGGAGGGGAGAGAGGUGGCCGCGCUGCACAAAGUGGCCUCCGACAGCACCGCCAGAGCUAGCAGCCAGGAGGAGGCCUACGAGAAGGUCGCCCUGCUACACUACCCACCAGAGCCCGGCAGCCCCAAGCACGCCGUGUGGAUGCGGUUCAGCGAGAACAGGCUCGACGGGGGCCAGGAGAAGCUCGCGUACGGGGACCGGGUGGACAGGACGGUGAAGGAAGCCGAGGAGAAGCUGACCGAGGUGUCUCAGUUCUUCCGGGACAAGACGGAGAAGCUGAAUGAUGAGCUGCAGUCGCCAGAGAAGAAGCCGCGCCGGAGGGAGGGAGCGCGGCCAGGGCCCGGUUCCGCUGCCAGCGGCAGCCCCGAGAGGCUCCGGCUUGGUGACAUCCCGCUGCGUGGCGAGGGGAGCCUGGAGAAACGGAGCGACCAGCCCUUCCGCAGGUACUCCGUGCGAGAGGAAGAGAAAAGGGACGCCGCCGAGCUGAUGGCGGGCCCAUCGCAGCCAACUCUCUCCGGCCCUCCGGAGGGAGUGAGGGAGAAAACGAGGCAGAGCGAGGAUCUGUCGCAGCCGGCGGCCCAUUCCAAGCAGGCCGGAAGCCACCCCUCGCAGAGAAGCAGCGAUGCCCCACACAGUCCCCAGUGGAUCGAGCAGGCCGAGCGAGGCGAGCGCACCAGCGGAAAGCCCCGGAAGUUUGCUGGCCCUCACGCUUCCAAUCAAGACGAUGGCGACGAGGUGGGGGGAGGAGGAGCGAGCCUUCCGGAAAAGAAACAACAGGAAGGGCCGCAGAACCUACCCCUGAAGAGAGGGCGGGAGAGCAAGCUGCCAAUCUACCAGUUCUCACUGAAAGAUGGCAGCCAGAAGAUGGCCGCAGAGGGGGCCAUCUUGACCAUAAAGGAGGCGUAUGCCAGUAAGCUGAAAGACCUCAGCUGCCUGAACAUCGCCAGUGAGCCAGCUCCGUCAGCGCUUCAGAAGAUGGUGGACGCUGUGCCGGAUGUUUCCCAAUUCCCGACCACUGUUCCCAAGCCGCUGACAUUCGGCGCGAAAGGGGCGGUGUGGUUGCCCGAGAGAGAGGCAGCGUUGAGUAAAGAAUCUGAGCCCCAGGGCACAUCUGAGAAGGAGAGAAAGGUUUACCGGACUUGGGAGAGCUGUGGGAAUUCCCACCACAAACUGCACCGGGACAAGCUGGCACACGUGCUGGUGCAGGACAGUCUAAAGGAAAACGACGUUGUCCACGUGGAAUUCAAUGUCAAUGGACACCUACCGGAGAAAGUCGGCCCUUCAGUAAUGGAGAAGGAGUUCCCGGCAAAUAACAGGCCUUCAGUAAAAGAAGAGGCUACGUUGCCGUCUCCUUCUAAGAAAAUGGUUUACACUGAGCUUGUUAAGAUAGAAGAGGGUGACGAUGCCGGCGAGCACACGAGAGGAAGAGCCGCGAGGAAGGAGGGCUCCGGUCUGUCACAGAUCCCAGUCAGAAUCUCCGAGGAAAAGCUCAAACUGGGAGCCAAGAUGGCCGAAUGCAAUGGCGAUCUGGUGAAAACCCACAAGACCGAGCUGGUCACCAGUGCGUCCAACGUGACCCUCGGUCGGAGCAGGAAAGGGAAGCAGCUUUCCGAAGGGGCGGACACCAGCAUUCCGACUCCUGGCUCCAACAGCUACGGUGAGCACACGGACGCGGAUGGUAGCCGAGAGGAUCUGGAGACUUCCCCAGUCAAGUCGCCCGACUCUCUGGAGUUUAGCCCGGUUAAAGACGCAGCGUUGAGUGAAUUCUUCGAUCGGAGCCCGGUUGAGUAUUUGGAGAAAGGGGCGCCACUAGCCAGCAUCGAAGGAUUCAAGGAGAUAAAGACCUUGCCGGUGUACGUCAGCAUCGUGCAGAUGGGCAAGCAGUACGAGAAAGAAAUGGCGGGCCCACCUCAAGGAGCUUUCAAACGGAUGAUCAGCCAGGAGAGCAGGACGGUGCAGGAGACCCGUGGCAUCUUUUACACUGCCCGCCAGCACAGGCAGCCAUCUUCGUCCCCUCAGGCCAGUCCAGAAGACGACACCUUGGAGCAAGUCUCGCUCAUCGAAAGUUCUGGCAAAAGCCCCCUCACCCCGGAAACCCCCAGCUCCGAGGAAAUCAGCUACGAGCUCUCCACCCAGUUGCCGACGGUGCACGGGAAGCCAAGCCCUAUCCCCGAAGUGUCGGAAGAGUCCGAAGAGGAAGAGGCGGCUCCCAGGCCCGGGAAGAUGGACGGGCGUGAGAAGCGGCCGAAGGAGAAGCGGGUGGCGUACAUCGAGUUCCCUCCCCCACCUCCCAUCAACGCCCUGGACAGCGAGGCACCUGGGAAGGGGGAGAGCCGAGGGCCUGGUCAGCAGAGGAGGGGACGCCUGCCCGGCUCCGAGGACGAACUGGACACCAUCGAGCUGAACCUGCAGGAGGAGCACGACCAACACCUCCUGACAGAGCCGGUCAUUCGGGUCCAGCCUCCAUCGCCCACCCCGCCGGGGGCCGACGACAGCGACACCAGCAGCGACGAGUCCAUCUUCCAGCCAGCGCCGCUCAAGAAGUACACCUUCAAGCUGCACGAUGACAGCCCAGCGGGGGCCGCUCCUUCCACACGGCAGCCUGAACACUCCCCCCCUUGCCAGGAUGACCACGAUGCCUUUGGCCUGGACCCUCCCCUGGAGAACGACGCCGUCCCCAACGGCAACAACGACCAGUCGGUGACUGAGUGCUCCAUCGCAACCACCGCCGAGUUCUCCCACGACACCGACGCCACCGAAGUGGACUCCCUGGAUGGCUACGACCUGCAGGAUGAAGACGAUGGCUUCUCGGAGGCUGACUCUAAGUCCUUGAAUCAGGGGAUAGAAACAAAGAUGGAUGUUUGGGUCACUGAAGGGAUUGUGAAGCAGGGGGAUCGUUCCUAUAGCCAGGGUAAACUUGCAGUGAUUGAGGAAGAAGGAAAGGUAGGCGCUGACGAAGAAGCCCCCUUGCAGUCUAAAACUUCUGAAAAGAAAGGCGAAGGACAAACUGAUGGUAAACCAGGAGCCGAGAUCUUCACUUUGGAAGGCAGGCAUCCUGACAGAACUCGCUUUAAUGAUACGUAUUUUAGUUACAAACUAGAGGAAGAAUUUGCAACCCCGUUUAAAACUGUUGCCACCAAAGGUCUUGACUUUGAUCCAUGGUCUAAUGGCCGAGGGGACGAUGAAGUCUUUGAAGCUAGGUUAAGAGAGGAUGAGCAAAAAGCCUUUGGCUUAGCAGUAGAGGACAGGUCCCAAGCAACAACACCAGAUACAACCCCAGCCAGAACCCCAACAGAUGAGAGCACGCCAACUAGUGAGCCUAACCCCUUCCCAUUUCAUGAGGGGAAGAUGUUUGAGAUGACUCGCAGUGGUGCAAUUGACAUGAGCAAGAGGGAUUUUGUUGAAGAAAGGCUCCAAUUUUUCCAAAUUGGUGAGCAUACUGCUGAAGGGAAGUCAGGGGACAAGGGGGAGAGGGUUAAAAACACACUUGUAGUCACAAAACUGCUUCAGUCAGGGGACAACACAUCUGAGGUGUCAGUAGAUCCACCAAAUGUUAAGCACGAGAGAGCCCAGGCUAGCGGAGAAGGCCUGGAAAUGGUGUCCGCCGACAACGCAACAGAAAAAUCCUUGUCGGCCAUUGCUGCCAAAAUUGAUCCUAAAUUACGCACGCCAAUUAAAAUGGGAAUCUCCGCUUCUACGAUGACGCUGAAGAAAGAUGCGGGUGCAGCGGAGCUGGUCGAAGUUAAAGCCGAUGCCGUGCUGUUAGAUUAUCAGGUCGCAGAACAUGCAGUCUUAGAGAGUGAGGCUAAGUUGACGAGUCAGGGAGCUGGUGAGCUGACCCAUUUGCCAAUGAGCGAUUAUAACGGCCUACUAGAUUUCCCGGCCCCAGGUACCGACUGCAAUCAGAUUGAAGGUCAGCCUAAGGGCAAACCAAAAAUUGAACCAGCCGCCCCAGCAAAUGAGAAAGAUGCAGACCCACCGGUGACCACAGCCGGUGAAGUAGCCAAAUUAGAUAGGCGAACCGCGGAGGCAGUAAAAAAGCCUAAAUCGAGACUACCGGUUAAAAUGUCCAUGCCUCCGCCUCAGAAAGGGCAGAAGUCAGCAGCAUGCACGACAAAACAGCCUAGGAUGAGUGAGUUAAAGGGAAAAGCAGAUCCAGCCAAAUGUAACGAGGCAAAAUCUAGACUUCCUGUUAAAAACAUAGAAAAAACUAAUUCGCCUUCAGCCGCAAGUUCCCAGUGCAGUUCGGGGCGAGGUGAGAAAGGGAAGUCAAGGCAGUUUUGUUCCAGAUUACCAGUCAAGGUAAGAUCGGGCACUGCUGCCAUUAAACCAGCUAGAGCAGGGAAGGAGCAGUUGAGUGAGGUCUGUAAACGUUCGGUUGAAUAUUUGAAAGGGAUUAGCGGUGAGGCGUUCAGACUUGUGGAUCAACUUGCCGAUGAAGAGAGAAAAGUGCAGGCAGAGAUCUUUGAUGACGAAGACAGCGCGUCGAGAAACGCAUCCCUAUCGGAGGCCGCUCAAUCUUUCGUUACAUCGCGGUCUCCUAGAGAUUUGAGACUGGAGGCAGCACCUUUAAAAUCAAAGGUUGAAAAGGUCUACAGUGAGACAAGGAACAGUAGAAGGACUGGUGGGGAGGAAAGCAGUCAGGUUUCUGGGCCUCACGUGGCUCGCACCGCGGAGAUCAAGCCUAGUCCUCAGACCCCAUGUGAACAGACAGAUAUAAGGACAGCCAUUGUAGCGGAUCAUCUCGGGUUGAGUUGGACGGAAUUGGCGAGAGAAUUGAACUUCUCUGUCGAUGACAUUAAUCAGAUUCGGGUUGAAAAUCCGAACUCGCUGACCACUCAGAGCUUCAUAUUGUUGAAGAAGUGGGUCUUUCGAGAUGGGAAAGAUGCAACAAAAGUGGCUGAAGACAUUGGAUGCUGCAAAGGCUUUGGCACUGACCACAUUGAGACAGUGGUGCCGAACACCUUGAGCAGAGAUCGAAAUCGUGGGCCCUGGUGUUGCACCUGGCCCCCGAUCCAGGCAGAGGGGACCCACCACAAACCGGGUAACCGACUCAGACCCUGGGCAUCUGCCCCGACCCUGUCCUGA